AUGGCUGAAUCAUUCCUCUUCAGCGUUGCACAGGGUGUGCUGGGGAAGAUCGCAUCCUCGGCGUUCCAAGAAGCCGUCGCAAUUUAUAGCAUCGAAGAUCAGAUCCACGAGCUUAAAAAUACGUUGGCUGCCAUUACUGCCGUGUUGUUAGAUGCUGAGGAGCAACAGGCGAAGAACCACAGCCUGCAACUGUGGCUAGGUCGGCUUCGAGACGUGUUGUAUGAUGCGGAGGAUGUGCUCGAUGAACUCGAGUGUGAAGCCUUACGGAAGCGGGUAAUCAGUCAGUAUGGGGGCGUCAAAAGAAGGUACACCGCUUCUUUUCCCUCUCUAAUCCAGUGA